AGUUGUUUCCGAAAGUUUGACCUCGGUGUUGAAGAUGAAGAUGAAGAUGGAGCAAAGACAAGAAAAUACAACCUUAAUUCUACUUUCAGCAACUAGCUUGGCACUUCUAACCAUCCUCACGGUGUGGAAAUCAAAACGGUGCAAAUAUAGACUUUUAAAUGAAACUGGAGGGGCAAUGUUUUAUGGCAUGCUCGUGGGGCUAGCUGUGAAAUUCCUGUCAUUUGACCGGGGAGAAAACCUGGACAACAUGGAGGCAUUGUGCGAUUGCAGUGGUCUUAACAUCACACCUCACUUCCUGACGGUUAACAUCACAUCUCAACCUCCACGAAACGUUAGGAAAGUCAGUGAUGGAGUCCCAGCGCUCUCAACCCCUCAUAUGGAGACCUUUGAUCCCGAGGUCCUUUUCAAUCUGUUCCUGCCACCCAUCAUCUUCCACGGAGCUUACACCCUUAAUCAGAAACGAUUAAUUGGGAAUCUUGGAUCUAUUCUGACCUUUGCGUUUUUGGGAACCGUAAUCAGCUGUUUCACCAUAGGGUCCUGCGUCUACGGCUUCACCAGACUGAUGGUGCUGAUGGGCCGAGCAGCUGAUGGAGACUUCCUCCUCACUGACUGCCUCCUGUUUGGUGCCAUUGUCUCUGCAACUGACCCAGUUGCUGUCCUUGGCCUGUUGUCAGAGCUGCGUUUGGACCUGGAUCUGCACAGCCUGCUGUUUGGAGAGAGUGUCCUGAAUGAUGCCGUGGCCAUCGUCCUGACACAUGGCAUCACCACCUACAGCCAUGGUGCAGGGCGAACCUUCGACCCCGCCUCCUUCCUCCUCUCAUUUGGUUAUUUUCUUGCCGUGUUUGCCGGCUCCCUCCUCCUGGGUUUCACAUUCACAAUCACAACAGCCCUCAUAUCCUUUCAUCCCCUCCCAUCUGUGUCUUCACCCUAA